AUGUCCAGGUGCAAACCAAGGAGGUUGUCUGUUGCCAUCAGCCAGUCAGGCUCCUCAUGGUUUAAGGUGGCUGCUGCGGGUCCAGGCAUCACAUAUACUGCUGCCCUGGGAACCCUGGACUUCAGCCUGCUGUACGACCAGGAGAACAACGCCCUGCACUGCACCAUCAGCAAGGCCAAGGGCCUGAAGCCAAUGGACCACAAUGGACUGGCUGACCCCUACGUCAAGCUGCAUCUGCUGCCAGGAGCCAGUAAGGCAAAUAAGCUUAGGACAAAAACCCUGCGCAACACUCUGAACCCCACAUGGAACGAGACCCUCACUUACUACGGGAUCACAGACGAGGACAUGAUCCGCAAGACCCUGCGCAUCUCGGUGUGUGAUGAGGACAAAUUCCGCCACAAUGAGUUCAUUGGGGAGACGAGAGUGCCUCUGAAGAAGCUGAAACCCAACCACACCAAGACUUUCAGCAUCUGCCUAGAGAAGCAGCUGCCGGUGGACAAGACGGAAGACAAGUCCCUGGAGGAGCGAGGCCGCAUCCUCAUCUCCCUCAAGUACAGCUCACAGAAGCAGGGCCUGCUGGUGGGCAUCGUGCGGUGCGCACACCUGGCUGCCAUGGAUGCCAACGGCUACUCAGACCCCUAUGUGAAAACGUACCUGAAGCCAGAUGUGGACAAGAAAUCCAAACAUAAGACAGCAGUGAAGAAGAAAACCCUGAAUCCAGAGUUCAAUGAGGAGUUCUGCUAUGAGAUUAAGCAUGGGGACUUGGCGAAGAAGACCCUGGAGGUCACAGUUUGGGAUUAUGACAUUGGGAAAUCCAACGAUUUCAUUGGUGGCGUGGUUCUGGGCAUCAAUGCCAAGGGCGAGCGCCUGAAGCACUGGUUUGACUGCCUGAAGAACAAGGACAAGCGCAUUGAGCGCUGGCACACGCUCACCAACGAGCUCCCAGGGGCCGUGCUCAGUGACUGACUGCCCGCCUGCCGCCGCUGCCCCUGCCCCCGGCCCGCACAGGCCUGGCCCUGGGCUUCCUUGGCUGUCACCAAGGGCUGUGGCCCCGUGUUGGGCAUGAUCCAAGAUGCCUGCUUGGCUACAGAGCCACUGCAGUCCCCGCUUGGUGGACACAGUACCCAGGCUACCUGAGAGACAAGGGAGGGCAGAGAGCCCGGCCUGCUGUCCGCCUCCCUGGGCAUAGUGGGCAAGCGGUGGGAGGAGGCCUUGGCCAUGGAGCAGCAAGGACCUUCUAGAGGGUGUAGAGUGCAGACAGGCGGGGGGGUUCGGGUUGGCGCCAAAGAGAACAGAGGAGGAGACUGUGGGCAGGCAGAGGACGGGCCUUGGACAAAGUAGCCCAAAGAGCUUCCGACCACGUCCGUUUCUCUCUGGCAUGGCCGGGCAGGUGGAAAGAGGCCGAGAGCCAAGUGUGCAGUUCCUGGGGGCCCCUGCCAGCGGGUGACAUGGGCCUGCCCUUGACUUCUCGCUCAGGAACUGGAUGUAAACCAAGGCUGAGGAAGAACAAACCUUGGGGCUGCUGUGAUGGACAGACAGGGAAGGCUUCCGGGAGGAGGUGGUACCUCUGUAUGGCCUUAAAGGGUGAAGGGUUUCUAGGCAGAGUUGGAAGAACAGUCCAGGUGGUGAGAGUGUACUGCAGAGGCCUGGGACAGGGGAGAGGAAAGCCAGGCGCCAGGAGGGUUUAUUAGGCAGGGCUGGCCUUGUGCCAGGUGAGGAAGUUGAUGGUAGCGCAGGGUCAGGUUCAGCCCUCAGACCUGCCCCUGGUUCUGCUCAGCCUGAGUGUCCGUCAGCUGCAUAGGGGAGAGAAAAGGGCACCUCUGGCACAAGAAGAAGCAAACCUUACUCCUCAAGCACCCCCUUCCCUUCCCCAGCUCCUUUGGGUUCAAGCAGGGUAUUCGGGGGCCCUUGAGGUUACCCUCGGCCUCCUGCCCUUCUUGUGGUGCGAUCCAAUGUCCCUUUCAGGAGUACUUGGUACCAGUCCAGGGCCUGGUUUCUGGGAAAGCCAGGAGCUGAGAGGUCCUGCCUGUCUUUCUCUCUAGGAAGUUGCUAAGAGCAUCUCAGCUUGGGGGUUCAGGCGUGAAUGGGCUUUCUGGAGCUGUGGAUGAACAAAUACAGAACCGAGGUGCUUCACAGCCACUGCACGACCCCACCAUACGCAGUCCAUUGGGGCUGAGGGGAAGGAGCUUCCCGUGGUGGCCUUGCAACCCCAGCACAGCCGGGGCGUGUCAGAGCGCUGGACACCACACUUCAGAUCAUCUGGGCACUAGGCCCAUGCCCUGGGAGUCCCGCUGUCAGCUCCCAGGCAUGAGGGUCGAACCCUGGGCUGCGAGUACAGAGCACAUCCUCCAAGGCCAGAGGAGAUAGUUCAAAUCCCCAGCAUCCUUUCCCAGUCGGCUGCACAGGACUGCGGCCCCCUGCAGUACCCAGCCACACUUACUGCUCACAGAAACUUGGCUCCCCACGUCUGCACAGGAAGGCUUUGCCUGUGGCUGGAGCUUGCCAGGCACCGUCUUCCAGCAUCAUCACCACCCUGUGAGGAGAGUAACACCAUCCCUCAUGAGGCUCAGAGAGACACAGUAUGCCGAGUAACACAGCUGGGUAGGGGGUGAACCAGGAUUCAGACACAGCCCCUUUGCUUGUCUGGGCAUCAGGACUAACCCGGUCCUUUCCCCUUGAGAGUGAAGGUCUCAGGAAGGACCAGCACACGGCGCAGCAGGGGAGAUCUUGUUCUUGUCCCAUCUGUUUGGCUUCUUCACUGGUUUUGAAGCUAUCCAUGCUCCUCUGGGGUUUUCUGGAAGCCUACAGCCUGCACCCAUCCUGGCUUCCAUACCCAGGGUCAGGGAGGCUGCGGCUGGGGCUCCAGCUGGAAUGGGAAACCACAAGGGCCGAGGUGAGAGAUGACCUACUUUUUAGGGGCCAUGAGACUGGGUGAGCCACGGGGACCCUCUCAGCUUUGCCUUGUCGAGUGCUUCGUUCCCACAGGGACCUCGCAGCCUGUGAAGAUGUGAAAAUGCCACAUGGCACAGCUAGAAGGGCAGGGGGACCCCGCUAGUGUGACGUCCUUGUUAGACCCUAGGAGAAGCAGGCCUGUGAGGGGAAAGGGCCCGCUGGGACAAGGAACCAGGAUUCCUGGUAGCGGUGGAGGAACCUACUGCUCCCGGCAGGGUUCCAGCCAGCUAGUGCUAGGGCGAGAAGGGGCGCCCGCCCUGACCUCAAUGGCAGUCCCCCGGGUCCUGGGGUACACACUACAUCUCUGUUAAAGAAAAAACACUUUGAGAAGCUGCCUUUGACCCCAAACAGUCAUCUUUCUUCUGGUCCAUCAGCCCUACAAAGACAUAAAAUCUGAUGCCAAAAGAAAAAAAAAAAAAAAAAUCCAAAGUCGGGUGUCAGCAACCAGGGCUCCCCGGUGCGCCGCAGCCCCACCCGGCGCCCAGGUCUCCGCCCCGCCCACCGCCACCACUAGCCAAUCCCAACCGGCCCGUCUUCCAACCCCGAGGCGGUAACUUCCUGACCUCUAGUGGCGAGAGCGAGGAACUGCACCUCUACGGCCCGCCCGCCGAGCCCGGGCUGUGCAUGUCCUGCCCUUUGUUGCUUUUCAAACCGAGUGAACCUCCCGAUGCAUGGACUCUGGCUGUCGUCGACGCAGACUCGUGCACUGCUUAACACCGUUUUGCUACCAUGUGACGGCUGCAGAAAUCGUCCUCAAACUGCAGCCCCACGACAAUUUUUGUACUUUGUCUGACUGCCUACAGGUGUCCUUUAUAAGUC